UCUUGAGGCCACACGGAAACUGGUUUUAAAUAAGUGAAACUAAACAUUAAUGUAUUACAAACAUAAUCAAGAGUUGCAGUAUUAUGAAGUGCUUUGAAUAAAUAUGUUUAUUUAGUUAUCAUCACAUUAAAUAUGGCUUCAACGGCGGAAUUAGUGACCGAGUCGGUAGCGGAUUUGACGAAAAAAGAUGAGAAACGCUUUGGUCAAAUGGACUUCACAGAAAAAAUGUCUUACGUGCAAGAAGUUAUAACAGUUGAGCCUCUGAUAGGAGCUUACGUGAUGGCAGCAACGUUAUGUGGACCCACUUUAUACAAUCUCGAAUUCGAGAAGGCUUGCAGGGUAAACUUGGAGAUGAACGACACUGUCUGCGAAGCCAUUCUCAGCGGACAGCACGAAAACUUCACAAACCAGAACAACCAAGUGCUCAUUGCCGUGAGCAACAUGCACUCAUGGCAGUUACCGGUGCAAAGCUUUAUGCCUUUGAUCCUGGUCCUGUUUUUGGGAUCGUACAGUGACCGUCACCAAAUUAGGAAGCCGUUUCUCCUCAUUCCGAUUUUUGGGGAACUUUUUGCUGUGGUAGGAUGCAUCCUGUGUGUGGUCUUCAUGAGGUCCUGGUCGUUAGAGGUCCUAGGGGUGUUCCAGGUUGUUGUACCUUCAUUCUUCGGAGGACAACCCAUGAUAGUGAUGGCCGUCUUCGCGUACAUUGCGGAUGUUAGUACCCUGCAAAUGCGUACCCUUCGCGUGGGGAUCGUCCAAAUUGUACUAAAUACCAUCCUCCCGAUCACCCAACUAUUCAGUGCACACUAUUUUGAACUUGUGGGGUAUUACGGGGUAUUACUUACAGCGGGCGGACUAUACAUUCUGGGACUUGUCUAUGGACUUUUUUGGAUAAAGGAAUCUAGAAUACCAGUGAAGUCCAGUAGAGGAUUACUGAGCGAUGUCUUCGAUCCAAAGCAUGCUAUCGAUACCUUCAACUUGAUGCUGAAAAAGAGCCCCGGCAAUAAUAGAGUUUACAUUUCGUUAAUUCUUUUGACACUUUUCGUUUACAGUGCGGUUGUGGUGGGUGAAGGUGGGAUGUUUUUCAGCUACACUCAAGGCAGAUUCGGUUGGACGAUAGUGGAGUACAGCCAUUUCAUUUUCGUGAAUACAUUGAUACAUUUAUUUGGUACUGCUCUAGCUGUUCCUCUCUUCACGAAGGUGCUCAACUUUAGUGAUAUGACAAUUUUACUCAUAACAAUAAUUGAUAAAAUUGUGAGUAAUUUUGUAUUCCUGUUUGCUAACACAAGUACUCUUCUUUACGCAGCUGCCGUUGUUAGCAUUGUGACUGGAGUAACACCAAUUGGAAUACGAUCACUUGCGACGAAAGUUGUAUCGGAAAGCGACUUAGGAAAGGCGCAAUCGCUAUUCGGAAUCUGCGAAGCUCUCGCUCCCGCCAUCUCGACCCCUAUUUACAAUAAAGUGAUUUACAACAAUACGCUGGAAACGUAUCCCUCAGCAUUUUUCAUCCUUGGGAUUCUGCUGUUCGCUUCAUGUAGCGUUGCAAUAUUGCGGAUGUAUCUUAGCGAAAAGAAGAAACCUAGUCUUGUCCUCUCAGCAAAUGUGAAAGAAAUGAACGGAAAAGGUGCAAAAGAAAUACCAAUAGAGGGUUACGCUGAGACAACACACAUUUAAGGAUAGUUGGUGAACUCAGUCGCUGUUUCUAGAAGAUUGAAAAAUAAAUAGAAAG